AUGGAUGCACCAAAGAUCCCAGAACGAACGUCAAGCAAACGAGCAACAAAUGCGUCAUCGCGAGGUUCGACCUCUUCGGCUACUCUCGUAGGAUUCGACACCUUGCAGAUAUCGGAUAUGGAUUCGUUGAAACGGGGAAGAAAAGAUCUCGAGGAGAGCAUCAAGAUCGCGAAAAAGAAACUCAAGGUCAAGGGGUCUUUUUCGAUAGAAUUCUGGACAGCGAAGAAAGAAGUCGCAGAUUUGACUCACGAGAAGAACGAGCUACACAGGAGGAUUUCAAUCGAAUCAUUCGAAGGUCCUAGAGCGUCAUGGGAAGAAAGUAAUGCUGCAAAAGAACUCUUCGAGGAACAAAAAGCCUGGCAACUCGAGGCAUCACUGGCCAAGAAGCAGAUUGAUCGCCUGACUAAGGCAAACGUGAGCGAAAAGGACCGAAUCAUCGGUCGCUCAUAUGUUGGAAGCUUUACGACCAGCAGAAUGGGACUGGACAUACAACCACCAAGAGUUCCGUCAGCAUCUAAACGAAAUGCCGAGAGCGAUAUUCAAUCAACGUUCAAAACAGACCUGAUAAAGGCAUAUGGAGCAGCCCACGGCGAAGACCAGUACGACUCUACAUCUUCCCACGUUUGGUGCCCAAUCUUGAAGAGAUUUUUCCUCAGAGGAGAAGAAUCCACAGCAGCGCAUCUUUUUGCCUGGAAGCAUGGUCAACAAGCCAUGGAUGCUAUUUUUGGUCCCAUGGAACAUCCAGAACUCAACUCACCACGAAAUGGAAUGCUGGUUUCUACAGUCUUCGAGAAUGUCUGGGAUGAAGGAUUCUUGGCAAUAGUUCCGGCUAUUAGCGACGAGCCAUCACCCGAGGAAGUAGAAGCUUGGGAAAAAUCGGAGCCUAAAGAAUACAAGAUCAGGAUCUUGAAUUUGGAGCACAAACUCGCUGGGAAAGAGAUUGAACCAACCCUGUCGGGAGAUACCAAAAAGUGGCGAGAACUUCACGGUGAGGAGCUGACCUUUCGGACCGAGUUUAGACCACGCGCGAGAUACCUAUAUUUCCACUACUGCCUCCAAAUUCUAAGAUUCUCGUGGUGGGAAGUGAACGAGAAGAGCAAUCAAUUGGCUGGUAGGGCGAUUCGGGGCGAAAUGAACAAGAAGUUUUGGGGGACGAAAGGAAGAUACGUACCAGAGUAUAUGAUAAGAGCGUUUAUUGAAGAGAUAGGUCAAGAUUGGGAAGUUGAAGAAGAGCAUGGAGAGGAAACAAGCGAAGCGCAAGCUGAGACACAAGAUGCGUUGUUGCAAGCUAUGGUAGAUCAAGCAGCACCCAUCUUUGAAGACGACGACGACGACGAAGAUGAGGAUGAAGACGAGGACUAG